AAUCUAUAAUCAAAUUACCCUUAUAUAUUAUCUGGUUGUUCUUUGUGGCCUUUGGAUUAGCCAGAGAAUCUCAGUACAAAACAUCAGGAUCUGACGUUGGCCUACCAAAGCUAGUUCAGCUAUUGAAAACGGUUUAUCUUUUGGGAAUGAUUCCGUUAUGCAUCUUUACUGGAAUAAUUCACCCUCUUUACUUUGAAGACCGAUAUCCUUUCGUAUCCCUGAUGUUUACAUCGGUGUAUUGUGCAUUUGGUGUUAUAUACUCGUGGGCUGAAUUCUCUGUGAUAAACUACUUGGAUUAUAAAAGUUAG